AUGCCCCGCGGGAAGAGGGACCCCGUCCUGCUCUCCCACGCUGAGCUGCCCGGCACUGACGGCGAGGGUCCCCGCAGCGGCGGCGAGGGCCGGCGGUCCACGUCGGAGGAGGAGGGCCACCUCCUCGGCCUCCCCCGCGACGACCUCACCAAGAGCAUGUCGGGCUCCUCCGUCUCCUCUUACCACUCCGCCCUGUGCUCAGAGGCGACGGAGACCUUCAAGGACUGCCUGGAGUUUCUGGACGAGGAGGGGACGCCCCCCCGGGACGCGGGGCGGCGGGGCGGCCAUGCCGAGGGGGCUGCCCCGGGGCGCUGGGCUCCGGUGGGGGCCCCCGGCGUCCCCCCGCCGCCCGGCCCCCUCGCCCGCCCGCAGCAGGCUCAGCUGUCCAUCGCUGCUAAGAAUAGCCCGGCGCCGGGGCAGGGGGGCAGGAUGGGUCCCCUCGGCGGGGACCGGCAGCCUGCCACCGCUGCCACCACCGCCAGCGGGGAGCUGGCUCUGCCCCGGCAGCCCGGGGGGAUGCUCGGCGGGGCGCCCAGCGAUUCGGACGAGGCGGACGGCGAGGUGCGGGCACUGACGGCCAGGGCUUUUCGCAGCCUCUCUGGUCCCCCAGGCGCCCGCCUCGACAUGUGCAGCUCCCACACCUCCUCCAGCCUCUCCAACUCACUGUCGGAGGACGGCGGGCGGCCGCGGCGGUGGCCGGCGGCUGGCGGUGAGCCCCGGGGCACGGUGCUGCUGGGCUUGCUGGGGAAGGAGCAGUUUGAGUGCGUGGAUGUGGAGCUGGAGAGCGGGGAGGCCAGGAAGGGCCACUGCAAGAAGAGGACCGUCCCCAAGCGCCAGAUCCUGCUGAAGAGGAAGGAGAGGAAGGAGACAGGUUUCGGCCCCUGGGGGGACAGCCCGGUCCCCCAACCCCUGCCCCCCACCAGGAAGGAGCCCCUCAGCAAGGGCAGGGCCGUUGGAGAGGACUUCAGGCUCAACUACAAGCAGUUCAUGAAGGCAGCCUCCCUGGACACCGACAAGACCAGAGUGGCCUCUUGCCUGGUGAGAAACGUCCUCGCCAAGAAAAUGCAGUACGAGCAGAGGAUCAAGAUGGAGCAGAAGGGGCUGCGGGGCAGCUCGACCUCCUCGGGGCCGUCCUCCGCCGGCACCGACCUGCUGGGGGACGGCCUGGAGGGCAAGUCCAGCUCGCUCUCCCGCUCGGACUGCAGCUUCUCAGCCGAGGACCUGCGGGGCAGCGGGAUGCCAGUGGCUGUGGUGGCCACGGUGGCCGUGGGGGAUGCCACCGCCACCCAUCCCGCCAAGGGGGUGGUGCUGAGUGAGGCAACGAGGGAGAGCGUCUGCAAGCUGAAGAAGACCUUCAACGAACUCAAUGAGAGGAUGAAGUAUCAGGAGGUGCUGGAGGGUCACCGGCUGCCCGGCGCUGCCGAGGAGCCGGCGUCGGAGAGGACCCGCUACCGGCGAGCACGCGCCUUGUUCGAAGCCCACCCCGGGGUGGGGAAGGCGCUGGACGUUGCCCCCAGAUUUGAGAGAGCGCCGAAGCCGUGGCCCAGCUUGAAGCAGCGAGCCAUCCGCCCCAGCCACCCCCAAACCCUCCCCUUCGAGGCCGACAGCCUGGCGCUCCCCGCCACGCCACCACGCCGCCUCUUCACCUCCCGGGCGCAGGAGGUGAGGCUGGCGCCACAGAACCGGCAGAAGGAAAAGCCACCAGUGGUGCCCCGCCAGCCGCCGAGUCCCAGCAGCCCAGACCGGGGGUCCCCGCCGGCUGCCCCCCCCAAGCUGGAAGAGAAGGGGAAGGGGCGCAUCCCAAAGCCCCGGGACGUGCGCAAGCUGGUGAAGAGCAGCUACAGCCUCUGCUUCGCGACUGCCGGUGCAUCCUGUGGCACCACGGCACCGGCGAGAGGCGGGGAGCCGCCACCGGCCACCCCGCUCGUCAUCCACUGCACCUCGGUGUGCCGCCGGGAGCCAGCGACGGAGCCGGGGGAUGAGGAGGUGCUGGCAGCUGCCGGCCAAGAGCCAGCCCCGGCAUGUGCUGAGGGCCCCGCAAAGCUCACUGGCAGCCGGCCCUCGCCCACCCAGGGCUCCCCCGUCCACAUCACGAGGGUCCAGGCCACGCGGAGGUGGGCGGCCGCCACGGAGGGGCCACCAGCAUCCCCCCCGCGCCGGGAGCGGAGCGAGCUGAGGGUGCCGCCGCGGGCACCGGCAGCUGAGGGGGUGCCACACGUGGAGACCCACCUCCACGUCCUGGUGGGCCGGCGGUCCCCGGCAGCGGCCAGGGAGGGCUCGCCGACUCAGAGCAGUGCGGUGCUGCGGACGGAGAAGACUCUUCUCCUCCCUCCGCCACCGCCGAGUCCCACGGAGGGAAAGGGGGGACGUGGCCAUGGCGGCACCGGAGGGCUCCACGCUGCUGAGGGGCCCAAGAUAACGGUGCCGCAGCAUGGUGGCAGCGACAGCGGGGACCCCCAAGCCAGACCCCCGGCCGGCGGCAGCACGUACCCACAGCCUGUGAAACCGGCAGCAAGAAGCACGCCAGAACUGCCUGCAAGCGAGCAGAGGCAGAAGCAGCCAGGCAGCCGGCUGGUGUCAGCGGGGAGUGGCGGCUCUGCUGCUGGGACUGACCCCGCCGCCCCAUUUCAAGCCGGGGAAGGCGGUGAAGGUCCCUCUGGCCAGCUGCCGGAGCGGAGGGAGGCCUGGGAGCAUUUACCGAAGUGGCCGGCAGCCACCGAGCCAUACCUUCCUGCUGCCCCGGCGGAGAACUCCAACUACUUAGCAAUUCCUGUGAAAGCCCCCAAAUCCUCUCCGAUGCCAGAGCUGCCCUCGGUCCCCAUCCCAGCCAGCACGUCCUUUGGGACCCCCUUGGUCCCCAACCCAGCCAGCACAUCCUUUGGGACCCCUUUGGUCCCCAAGCCAGCCAGUGCAUCCUCUGGGACCCCCAUGGUCCCCAACAUGACCAACUCAUCCUUUGGCUACCCAUCAGCCUCCAGCCUGGCCAGCACAUCAUUUGGGACUCCCUUGGUCUCCAACCCCACCAACAAGUCUUUUGGGACCCCCUUAAUCCCCUACCCAGCCAGUGCGUCCUUUGGGGCCCCCUUGGUCCCCAACCUGUGCGGUGCAUCCUUUGGGACCCCCUUGGUCCCUAACUCAGCCAACGCAUCCUUUGGGACUCCCUUGGUCCCUAAUCCAUCUAGUGUAUCCUUUGGGACCCCCUUGGUCCCCAAUCCAUCCAGCGCAUCCUUUGGGACCCCCUCAGUCCCUAAUCUGGCCAACUCAUCACUUGGGGUCCCCUUGGUCCCCAACCCAGCCAGCUCAUCCUUUGCCCCCUUGGUCACCAACCCAGUCCCUGCUUCCCUUGGGCACCCAUCAGUCUCCAACGUGGCCAGCUCAUCCUUUGGAUCCCCUUUGGUUCCCAACCUGGCCAGUGCUCCACUGGGGACCGGUGUGUGUCCCCUGCCUGGUGGGGAAGUGCCCUGGAGCAAACCCGGCCCCGAGCCCCCCCUGCCCCGGCCCCCCGAGGCCCCAGCCGCUGCGGAGUGCCCGGUGCCGCUGCCCCCAGCCCAGCCCCAGCCUCGCCUCGAGGACGCUCCCCAUUUCCUAAAGAGGACCGACGGUGCCUCGCCAAGCAGCAAGAGUGCACCAAGCCCCACCAAGCCCUUUGCCCCGCACCUGCCCGCACACCGGAGGAUGCUUGUCGAUCCCGACAGUGGGAAGUGCUACUACAUGGAGCCACCGCGGCAGCCCCAGCUGAAAACACUCUACGACCCCGAGACCGGGCAGUACCUGGAGGUGCUCAUCCCACCGGUGGCAUCGCACGCCGGGCUCUACCAGGCUCCUUUCAACCCCCUGGUCAUGGCCCCGGGGGUCUAUGGCCCACCCUACGUGCCCUACGGCAGCUUCCCGGGGCUCCCGGCACCCCCGCCACCCUCCGCCCCCUCUCCGGCGCAACUUGACCUGCCGGCUGCCGAAAACCCCAGCUUGUCCGGGACCUUCAGCUCUGCUCCCAAGGGCGAGGGGCCGCCCGCUGCCGGGGGUCCUGACUGCGGAUACCUGGAAAGCCUGUACUACAUCCCCACAGGGAUGCGGGCCAGCCCCGGCCCCAGCCCCGGCCAGCCCCCUGCCCACGCCAGCCCUGCCGGGCCCGAGAAGGGACCGCUGCUGCGGAUGUGA